GCACUUGUAUUUACUCGUAUCGUUUCAUCCCUAAAUGCACCUCUGUCGAAAUUUUAUUGAAAAUUCAUAUUCUCAGCAUAAUCAUUUGCAGAAAUGGAUAUUUGUGGAAAUGUUUUGGUGUCAAAAGAUGUGCUUAAAUUUGCAUUAAAGUGUUUAUAUUGUGAAACAAAUAUUGAAGAAUGGGAAGCGUUCGUUAGUCAUAUUCAAAGUUUGCACUACACGGGUUAUGAGGAACCAUGCAUUGAUAUAAUAGAACAAGCAGAUUGCAAAGAAAACAUCGCUUUCGAAUGGGUAAAAGAAGAAGCUGUGACACCCACUGCAUGCGGACAAUCUGAAUCAAAUGAAAAUGGUUUAAAAAUGGAAAUAGAUUCCGAUGAGGAAUGCCUGCAAACGGAGCCGAUAAUAGACAUACAAGACCAAGAUCCAGUUUCGGAUAAUGAAAAAUUAUCAGAUUAUAAUGAAAACUUGGAUAGCUCCGAUGAUGAUUCUUCAGAUGACUACAUUGCAAAAAAUAAAAAGCCACCUAAAAAGUUCAAACCAUCUUUUUAUAGGAAAAACAAAAAUACAUCGGUAUUAAUUGAACUCUUUGAGAAGGCCCCAUGUUUAUGGGAUCCCAAUAACGCUGACUAUAACAACAGCACUGCAGGCUCCAACAGUAGGAGGGAAAUAAUAAAAGAGAUGAACAAAACAUGCCAAAUAACAUUAACCAAUAAAACACUUUGGGCAAGUCUUCGUGAGUUAUAUUCUUUAUACAAGCUAACGCAUAAGAAAUCGGAAACAGCAUCAACAAAACUGUCCACAGUAGUGCUGGACUAUUUGGAGAAGUGUUCAUUUCUUUCUGCAGCAAAGGAUGACUUUUUAGACAUUUUUGAGGAUACUCCUAACACAACCACGAAUCUGAGCUUUGCAACUAUGAACACGGCAACUAUAGCGUUUAUCGACACAUAUGCCCGUUUUCCCGGAAUUUAUGAUACUAAGCAUAUAGACUUCGGAUAUGUGCUUUUACGUAAACAGAGGUACAAAGAAAUGGCAGAUAUUCUCAGAGUCGAAUACAACGUCGAGUUUACUGACGAAGAAAUAUACAAAGGUAUAGAUUACUUGCGUCACUGGUAUUUUAAGCUGAAAAGUCGUUUUGGAAAAAAUUUGAAACCAACAGAUUUGUCAAGCGCAGCACAGUUUUAUAUUGACAAGUUAAGUUUCCUUCCAGAUAGAUCGCGCAAACAGAAAAUUAAAUGUUCAGAAUGCGAUAAGCGUUUCCAAACUAACACUAUAAAGCAAGUACACCUCUUCAAAGAACACAAUAUCGGUGACUUACCCUAUAAGUGCAAAGAUUGCACUAAAACCUUUAGUUCAAAUACAGCCUUGAGGGGCCAUGAACGACGUAAUCAUAUGGAGAAAGUUCAUAAAUGUGAGUUUUGUGAACGAAAAUUCGCCGUAAUAGGAGAUUUAAAGCAUCACACGCAAAUGCAUACGGGACACAAGCCCUUCGUAUGUGAAUUAUGUGGAAAAGCCUUUCGCACACGCACAAAGCUGGGAUUUCAUAAUAAUGCUAUACAUACAAAGUUAAGAGCAUUUAAGUGCACUAUGUGUCCUAAAGAUUUCUUGAAAAGUCGAGAUCUAAAAGAUCACAUAAAAGCUCAUUUAAACAUUCGCGAUAAGAUUUGCGAGACAUGUGGCAAGGGAUUUACAAACUCACAUGCCCUGCUCCGGCAUAAACAAUUACAUGCUGAAGUUAAAAAGUUUGGCUGUAAGUUCUGUGAAAAAAGAUUCUAUCAAUUUGUGGGCCUUAACUCUCAUAUGAAGCACAAGCAUGGUGUGUUUCCGCAGAAGAAACUUGAGAAAAAACCUCAAAACACGAAAGCGACUAAACAAGUUGCAAAAAACAUGGAAACCACAGAGUCGGUUGGAAGUAUUGAAGAAAAAACGGACACUGCAUUAGCGGCUACAAGUGGUGUGACCACCCAAACCCACCUUAAACGAAAGAGGAUGUUAGAAAAACAGAACUAUCCCAAUAAACACAACAAAAAAUAUUUCACCAACCUUGGAGAAAUUCAUAGUUCUCAAAGUUUGCACAACACUAACUACGAAGAGCCUUGCAUUGAUCCGCUUGUGGAUUUGGAUUACAAGGAGCACAUUGUUGUCGGGUUAAUAAAAGAUGAAACAAUGGCACCGCAUGCAUUAACAGAAUUUCUUGACAAUGAUGCUGAUGUUAAAAUGGAAGUUGAUUUCGGUGAUGAACUAAUGAAGGCUGAGCCAGGAGAUAAUGAUGAUACAAGUUCAGACGCUGAUCAAAGCCAAAACAAUGAUACAGCUGAAUUCAGUCCAGGCUCAGAAUCGUCCGAAGAAGAUGAUGAAGAUAAAAAAGAAAUUAUACGUAACAAAAAAUUUAAUCCAACAUUUUAUAGACGAAACACUAGCACAUCGGUUUUUAUUGAGCUUUACAAAAAAGCUACAUGUUUAUGGAAUCCCGACGAUGAGCAUUAUAAGAAUAGUGCAGCACGAGCAAACUGUCAAACGGAAAUAAUAGACGAAAUGAAGAAACGCUUCCAGAUUACGUUAAGUAAUCAAACUUUGCGAAGUUGCUUCCGAAAGUUGUACUUGCAAUAUCAAGCCACUCAUCAAGCAAAGCAGAAAAAACCAAAAUCCAAGCCGAAAAAAUUACCAACUGUUGUGUUGGAUUAUUUUGAGAAAUGUUCCUUUUUAUCUGUUGCGAAGGAUGAAUUUGCCACCAUUGUAUUAGAUACGCCACCCAAUACAAACACAAACAUAAGUUUUGCCAAACUCAAUCCUACAACAGAGGCUUUUAUUGAAGCAUAUGGCGGCUUUCCAGCGCUAUACGACCCCAAACAUGACGAUUACAACAACUCCGCUGUCCGCAAGCAAAUGUAUAAAGAAAUGUCUAAUAUUAUCAAAACUAAGCAAAAUGUGGAGCUCACCGAAGAUGAAAUUUACAAAGGCAUCUAUUACUUGCGUCAUUGGUAUUUCAAGCUAAAGAGUCGACUUGAAAAGGAUUUAGACGAAAAAGAUUUAUCGAGUGCUGCAAAGAUUUAUCUAAAAAAGUGUGACUUCCUCCCAGAUAGACCACCUAAUUUAAAAUUAAAGUGCACAGAAUGUGAUAAAGUUUUCCAUAACGUGACCACAAGACAGAGUCAUCUCUUCAAGGAGCACAACAUUGGCGAUUGGCCCCACAAAUGUACUGAAUGUGGACGAACCUUUGAGUUCAAAGCUACAUUAUUAAUGCACGAGCAACGUAGCCAUGUGGGAAAAGUGCAUAAAUGCGAUUAUUGUGAAAGACGAUUUGCUGUGCUAGUGGAUUUACAACGGCACAUUGAUUCGCACACUGGAAAAAAACCUUUCGUAUGUGAGUUAUGUGGUAAAGCAUUUCGCAGUAAAACCCAAUUGGGCUAUCACUCAGAUGCAAUACAUACGAAAACACGAGCUUAUAAAUGUACGAUGUGCCCCAAAGAUUUCUUAAAAAAGCGCGAUUUGAAAGAUCACAUAAAGGCUCAUCUUAAUAUACGCGAUAAAAUAUGUGAAACCUGUGGCAAAGGUUUUACAAACUGCCAUUCACUUAUACGACAUAGACAAAUACAUUCCGAAAUUAAGAAAUUCGCUUGUAAACUAUGUGAAGCGAAGUUCCACCAAUUUGUAGGCUUAAAUUCACACAUGAAGCGCACGCAUGGCAUUGUCAAAAGUCAACAAAAGUCUUAAAUUAAAACUCGUUUUUUGAAUGUUAAUUGAUUUUUUUAUCACAUCAUAGGCGGGUGUAUGUCGAAUUUUUAAACACCGAUAUACGAUGUACAGAAUAUCCUUUUUUCCAUACAGUAAACCUUUUAGUGUGGUCAAUAAUGAUAUUGUUCAAAUAAGGUAGAUCGGAAUAUGCGCUCUCUGGGAAGACAAUAUCUGUUAUUAUUGUACCAUGAUCAACGUCAUGAUAAGAAAAUCCUUUUCAAUUAGAAGUAGUGCAGAAAUUAUUCUUUGGCAUGAAUUAUUGUUCUCUUUCUAAUGCUUAAGAACUCGCGAUUGAAAUUUACAUUUAUGUUUCUUAUAGGCGAAGCGAUUAUUUGCUUAAAUUUUUAGAUACUUGCGUUUGAUAGUAAAUUCGAGCAGGGGCAACGAUAUACAAACAAAAAAAUCAAUAAAUAUGUAUGUAUUUAAAGGGAGUAUUUUUAAUCAGCUAAGCUAUUACCUAAAGGUGAAUAGCAAAAAUAAAUAUCUCAACUACAGAUUAAUCAAUUGCAUGAAUACAUUAUAAUUCUAAGGUCAGUAAAUUUUAAGUUCGUAUUGUGUGUUUCAAUAAAUAAAAAACUGCUACUGAGA